AUGUCCUCUCCCUCCGCUCCUCCGCGCGAUUCCGUCUCUCCCCCACAAUCGCGUAGCCCUUCGCCCCAAGCUGGCCAGGACAACAACACGCUGACUCUUCGCGCGCUUGUUAGCACCAAAGACGCCGGUGUUAUCAUCGGCAAGGCAGGCAAGAAUGUCGCCGACCUCAGAGAACAAACUGGAGUCAAAGCUGGCGUCAGCAAGGUCAUUCCUGGAGUCCACGAGCGCGUCUUGACCGUCACUGGCCCUGUCGAAGGUGUCGCAAAAGCGUACUCGCUCAUUAUCUCCCAGCUGGUGGCGACCACACCCUCUUCUCCCGUGUUGUCUGGCCCCGCGUCGAUCCACACAUCUAUCCGCCUGCUCAUCUCGCACAACCUCAUGGGCACGGUUAUUGGCCGAAACGGUCUCAAAAUCAAGGCUAUCCAGGACGCGUCUGGCACCAGAAUGGUGGCGACUAAGGACAUGCUUCCGCAGUCGACUGAACGUGUAGUCGAAGUACAAGGUUCCCCCGAGUCGAUUGGCCAUGCAAUCGAGGAAAUUGGAAAAUGUCUUCUUGAGGACUGGGAGCGCGGGCUGGGUACUGUCCUUUUCCACCCUGGAACUGGCGAUGAGCGAUCAAACACCCGCCGCCAGACUAACGGGCGGACUCCCUCUAUUUCAGCCCCCCUCCCGCAGUCACCCGUCCUUUCUUCGCCGCCCGCUUACACCCUCCGCACCCAGAACAUCUCCAUCCCGUCUGACAUGGUCGGCUGCAUCAUCGGUCGUAGUGGUACAAAAAUCACUGAGAUCCGUCGUCUUUCCGGUUCAAAAAUUUCCAUCGCCAAGGCUCCCCACGACGACACUGGCGAGCGGAUGUUCACCAUCGUUGGCACGCCUGAAGCGAACGAAAAGGCCCUGUUCCUCCUUUACAACCAACUUGAGAGCGAAAAGGAACGACGCGUCAACAAAGAGUCCCACGACUUGCAGGACUAG